CAGUGAUUCCUUCCUGCAAGAACCAUUAGAUAUAGCCUUUUUUGCCUUUGCUCUUUGCAAGAAGUUACCAUCCCUUAUCUUUUCUCCCUCUCUUUUUUCUACUUUUAUUUUUUCUUUAUAUUUCCCAUCUCCUCUUCUCUCCAAAACCCCACUUUAUUCUCCCUCCAACCCAACCCUAAAUACACCCCUUCUCUUUGUGUUUACAAACAUUCAUACCAUAUUACAUUAUUUCAGUGUAACUCCAUCUACAAACAUUCAUCUCUUCACAUAAAAGAAUUGAAGGUUGCCUAAUUUAUGUUAUAGAUCAAGAAAUGAUGGCAUCUCCAUCCGAACUUAUCUUCGACACCAAACCCCAAAUCUAUUCCAUGCUCCCAAAAUCAUUAGGAGAUGAAGCAAGCGACCACACUCAAAAACUCGAAGACUUCCUAAUCCGGCUCGAGGAAGAGCGUCUCAAGAUCGACGCCUUCAAACGCGAACUCCCCCUCUGUAUGCAACUCCUCGCCAACGCAAUGGAGGCGUCGCGGCAGCAGCUGCAGUCGGAGAAGGCCAGCAGUCAAGGCGGAGGCGGAAGGCCGGUGCUGGAAGAGUUCAUUCCUCUAAAGAAAUCGAAUUCAUCCAAGGCUGAGAUGGGCGAAGGAAACAUUUAUGCAGAUAAAGCCAACUGGAUGACAUCUGCGCAGCUAUGGAAUGAGGGUGCCAAGGCCCCCCAGUCUCCAUUGGCGACAUCAUCGCCUCAAGAGACUGAGAUCAAGCUUGCUUUAAAUUGCAAGCAGAGAACGAACGGGAGCGGGGGUUUGCUCCCGUUUUCGCCCCCAGGUGAAGCAUAUCCGGAGCUAGCCCUCGCCUCGUCCCACAAGGAGGAGAUGGAUGAGAAGAGGAGCUCGUCAGAGACGAAGAGGGACAGCGUCGACAAGGACCAGGGCUGUGGGACCGCGACGAAUGGCGCACAGACUCACCGGAAGGCAAGGAGAUGCUGGUCGCCGGAUUUGCACCGCCGCUUUGUUAAUGCUCUCCACAUGUUGGGUGGCUCACAAGUAGCUACUCCCAAACAAAUUCGAGAACUGAUGAAGGUGGAUGGCUUGACCAAUGAUGAAGUUAAAAGUCAUUUGCAGAAAUACAGACUGCACACACGAAGGCCGAGCCCGAGCCCACAAGCGGCGGUGACAGCGGCCCCUCAGGUGGUGGUCCUAGGUGGCAUAUGGGUCCCACAGGAGUACGGAGGGGCACAGGCAGCCCUCUACGGAGCCGCCGCCGCCCACCACCACCCAUUCAACACGCCCAUGCAGCAAGACAUGUACCCGGCCAUAGCGCCACCGCCAAGCCACCCACACGCCGCCGCAAUCCAGCACCAGCAUCUUCAAUUGUACAACAAGCAGCAGCAGCAGCCGCCUCCCUUGACGCGGAACAGCUCCCCGGGCAGCGGAGGAGACCCGUCUGAGAGCAUUGAGGACGGGAAGUCGGAGAGUGGGAGCUGGAAGGCGGACAGCGGCGGGGCUAACAGCGGAGAGAGGAGGAGAGUGGAAGGAGAAGAGAGUAAUGCAAGUGUUGUGAGUCUCAAGUUCUGAUUAUUGAUGGAUUAUUUUUAUUUAACCAUGAUUUAGCUAGCCCAGUGAUCGAAAUUUUUUAGGUCUAGGUUUUUUGGAUGUUCAAGUCCAUAAGUUUGACAGGUGUUGUUGUGUUUUUGAACUUCGAAGUUGGAACCCUCUAAUUUAUUAGUAUGUGCCUCUAAAUAAUUAUGACAUGUAAUUUGAACUUUUGCUCUAUUCAAUUCAACUUUUGUACUUCACA